AUGCCAGACCAACAUGAGCUUGACGCUCACCACCCAUCUCCCCGGUCGUCUGCUGCUACUACCGUCGAAUCACAAGCUGGGCCCAGCCAAAGCCGCUCGUCCAGCAAAGACUCUCAACGCUCGGAUACGGAUGGAAGACCCCGCCCCGAUAAGCUCUCUGCACCUCUCCAGCCACUCCCAUCAGCGCCGAGAGGACCGUCGUCUCCUACGACAGAACUGUCACCACUAGGCCAGUCGGCAUUGACGCCGCAUCUAGACAUCUGUAAAUACCCCACGCAACAACUGCUGAAACUGCUGGCGGGGCUGCUGCAGCAUAUCGCAACGUCUAAUGACGAGUUGCGCGCAGAGUCGGAGGAGGAGCAAGGUGAGAGCGAGAGCGAGAGGGGCGGAGAGAAGGAUGAAGAGCUAGAGAGGGAACAGGUCGCAGGAGGACACAAGAGAUCACAUUCUCGGGCAUCAGCAAAGUCGGUGCUGCCGGGCUCUUCGCCUACGACCGCCCUGUUUGACGGUACGCCGACCCCUUCUUCCCAUUCCCGCUCGACUUCCAUAAUGUCCUCCUCCUCGCGCCAGACCACCUACCCACUCUCCCAAUUCCCCCUCUUCUCCGCAUCCACAUCAUCUCUCUCCCAUCCCUCUGCUCUCCUUGCUUUUCAUGCCAGGCAUGUACCUUCGAUCUCUAUCGAGGCGUACCUGUUGCGGAUAUUAAAGUACUGCCCGACCACCAAUGAAGUCUUUCUCGGGGUGCUGGUGUAUUUCGACAGGAUGACAAAACUGGGGACUGUAGACGGGAUAGGAGGCGAAGGCGUGAGAGUGGGCAAAAAGGGCAAGGGGUUUGCCAUUGACAGUUUCAAUGUGCAUCGGUUGGUGAUUGCUGGAGUCACUGUCGCGAGCAAAUUCUUUUCAGACGUGUUUUACACAAACUCUAGAUAUGCCAAAGUAGGCGGACUUCCACCGACCGAACUGAAUUCGCUCGAGCUGCAAUUCCUACUCCUCAACGACUUUCGCCUGCGUGUAUCCGUUGACGAGAUGCAACGGUACGGGGAUCGGUUAUUGGCCUAUGCUGAAGAGGCGGGACAGGAUAUCGGAGAAGUGGGGGUGGAACGGAGGAAAAGUCUGCCGGACGGGGAAGAAGGUUUGGGGUAUGGACGGAGAGAAGCGUCGGCGAGGGGUGAAAGAAGAGCUGCUGUCAUUGGGGAUGCGCAAAGCGCCUCCAUAGACUCGCCGACGAUUACCGACACUGCCUCCCAAUCCCAAUCCCAAGCGCCCCUCCCUCCCAACGCAGCUUCCUCCUCGUCAAGCCAAGCUCCGGGGCCUGCCACUGCCCCCGUAUCGCCCCGGGCCAAAUCGGCCUCCCUCGAUACGUUUACUUCCAACCCGAGCCGGUCACAGCCCGCGCCUCAAUCGCAGACACAACCACAACUGCCUACCCACCCGAGCAAAUCGUCGCUCCCAAGCGUUUCGGCGUCUGGCGCCUUCUGUUUCUGA